AUCGUCCCCCUGGAAACAGAGGUAGUUAAUUAGGGUGGUUAUCCGCUCAACAACUUCAUCCAACAUUUCCUCUGUACCAGUUUCAGACGCUUCUAUAAAUUUAAUCCCACCGUUCACUCCCUGAUAUGCUCUUCUUCCUCAAGCCACUCCCUCCGCUCUCCCCACUCUAAUUCCAAAAACCCAAAUCUCAGAAUUCAAGAAUUCAGAUCCAAAGCAAGAAACAGACAUGGGUUCCUACUUACUCGAGCACCUCAAGGCUCAGCCUGUCUGGGUUCUUGUGCUCUUCACUCUCGGCUCUUUCUCUCUCCUCAAACUCUCUCUCUCUUUCCUCCAAUGGGUCUACGUCAAUUUCCUUAGACCUGCCAAGAAUCUCAAAAAGUACGGAUCUUGGGCACUCGUCACCGGACCCACCGAUGGCAUUGGCAAGGCCUUGGCCUUCCAACUGGCUCGGAAGGGGCUCAAUCUGAUCUUGGUAGGUCGGAAUCCGGACAAGCUCAAGGACGUCUCGGACACUGUCCUGGCCAAGUACGGCAAAACCCAGAUCAAGACCGUCGUGGUCGACUUCACCGGCGACCUCGACGACGGCGUCAGGCGCAUUCGGGAGACGAUUGAAGGGUUGGAUGUGGGACUUUUGAUUAACAACGUUGGGAUUUCGUACCCGUAUGCUCGGUUCUUUCAUGAGGUGGAUUCGGAGCUGCUGAGGAACUUGAUUAAGGUUAAUGUCGAAGGUACUACGAAGGUUACUCAGGCUGUUUUGCCGGGGAUGGUGCAGAGGAAGAGAGGUGCUAUUGUAAACAUUGGUUCGGGUGCUGCGAUUGUGAUCCCCUCGGAUCCUCUGUAUGCUGUUUAUGCAGCUACAAAAGCGUAUAUUGAUCAGUUCUCUAGGUGCCUGUACGUUGAAUACAAGAAAAGUGGGAUUGACGUGCAGUGCCAGGUUCCAUUGUACGUGGCAACAAAGAUGGCAUCUAUCAGGAGGUCUUCCUUCUUUGUACCAUCAACUGAUGGUUAUGCCCGGGCAGCUCUGCGCUGGAUAGGCUAUGAGCCUCGUUGCACUCCUUACUGGCCGCACACACUUCUUUGGGGUUUGGCAUGCUCAUUGCCGGAGUCUGUUGUUGACGCAUGGCGUCUGCGAUUUUGCCUGGGGAUUCGGAAGAGAGGACAGCAGAAAGAUUCUUCCCGGAAGCAGGCAUAGAUGACCGAACGCUACUGUUACGUUAUUCAGAUGCGUUGUUGGGUAGGUCAUGCCAGUUUGGUUUAGCGGAUUAGGACUUCGGAAAUCUGAUUGUAUGCUUGAACUUCAUCUUCUGUUGUAUGUUUUGAAAUUCCAUGGUCGUUGUUGAUUAGUGAUCAACUGUUUUCUUUCUUGUUAAUUCCUUGAACUGCUCUCUAGUGAAAUAGCCAAACUGUUUGAAGAUCCAUUAAUUCAAGGGAACUUUAACGAAAA